UACGGCGGCGACGGCGCGCACUAGAGCAUCGUUACUUCGGCCGGGCCAGUUGCAGCAGUCGUUGACUUCGUCCUCAGCGCGCCGCCGCUGAUUACUUCUUCGCGCCGAGCGGAGGGCCUUCUCGAAAGACGAACGGGAAGCUCGGGAGGACGCCGGGCCGCCAUCUGAGGACCAAGAACUCGGGCCGAAAGCGCAGACAACAGGCCAAGCAGGGUGGCAUGAUGGGUGUCACUCAGCUGCUUCUGGUGGGCGCCUGCUGCCUCCUUGUGAAGGAGGCCCUAGGACUGCCCACCACAAUGGGUGGCACAGCGGGAAGCCACUCUCAGCACCAUGACGCUCACGGACAGCAACAACACCAACAGCAGGAACCAUCGGACGCCGACAAGCGUUCCCAGGAGGACAUUAUGUUUGGGAACCAGCAGAACAAGCCUGCAGGAAUGGUUGAUGACCUGAUCGUGUUUCCCGAAAGAAAGUCCUCCUCUGCGCAUGCCAGCAAGGAAAGUUCAGGAGCCAAGCCUGAGAAGAACGCCACUCACCACCAGCAAGGUCAAGAAAAAGCCGGUGGGCGCACCACUUCGGGAGCCGAUACAUCGUCAGGUGGCCCUCCGGAGGACGAGGCGCUCGAGCAGACUCCUCCGGGUGCCGAUGACAUGGACCAGCAGCAGACGGCGGGCGACCUGAUGGGCUCACCGGCAGGCCCGCCGACUGGCAAGUUCGACUACUACGACUACGCAGACGACGCGGGCGUCCCGUCAGCAGCAGCAGCAGCCGCCGCCGAAAGCGUGGAGAGGGCCCCCGCACCGCAGGACAACGGUGGCGAGCUGGAUUACUCGCUGUACGACUACGGCGACGUUGGCGCCGGUGGCAUGGGCCCUGGUGUGUUCCGCCGGAAGCGGAACCUGCGCAACAGCCUGGAGGAAUUGCUGCGCAACCGGCGGAUUCACCGCCGAGCGCUGCGGCUCAAGCGAGACGCCAACAUGGACGACUUGCUUCUCUUCCUCACGCAGAUGGCCAAGCAGGAGCCGUAUCCCCUGUUCGCUGAACAAGAGGUGCCCCCGGUGUCUCGCAUCACGCUCAAUCCACCCGAGCCGGAGAGUCCCCUGGAGCAGUACCUGAACGAGCUCGGGACAAUGAACAACGAAGAACGCGCGCGGGCUUUGGUGGCACUGGCCGCUCUGGCGGAUCAGGAACAACUUGCACCGGCCCCCAUGACAGGACGACCCGUCUUCGAGGAACAGCAGGCGGAACCACUGCCCGACUGGUUCCAGGUGACUCGGCGUUCGCGAGGCUCCUUCUACCCUCAGGACUACCGGUACCUGGUGAUGCCUCCGACGCCCCAAAAGCGCAAUGUAGGCGCCGACCACUGGGGCCGCGUUCUCAGGCAGCGCCGUCGACAGCAGCGAUCGCAGGACCAGGCUGACGUCAACAGGCUAUACGCACUGGCCGGACUGAUGGCUCAACCGGACCAGGAAGACCUUUGGCGCGAGAUGUAGAGUCACCGGGCGGCCCAAGGCUAACCGUGCCGAGGAACAGGCCGGAGCUGGAUUGUAGUGCUAGGGUUUCCAACGUUACCAGUGCAAGUUGUCGAUAGUGAGCGAAUACUCACUGUCGCUUGCGCGGGAAGGCUGUGUGCCCUACGUACACAGCACAAGAGAAUGCUUUUGCACGCAUUUGGAGGUAAAAAAAUACGCAUCAGCACCUUCGGAUGUUGAAAUUUGGCCGCACAUUCACACAAAAAGGGACGUCAAGUUCUAGCCGUGUGCGUUUCCAUAAAAGGGUAUUCCGUGUUGAAUGAUUAGACGUAAGUGAUGGAGUGUAAAAAGUUAGGGGAAGUCGUCUACAAACGUAUAUUGUGACAUACCAUAGCAAUUGGAAGCUUGGCUCGCACUGUAAUUUUCUAGGACGACGCCUCCACAUUUUUUUUUCAUUGCAAUUCCUGACAUUGCAAAGAAAUAUUAAGUAUUGUCAACUCUGUCAAUUGUAGUUAGUUCAACACAGCGAAAAAAGAGGACAAGUGUUUGUAUUUUUUGAGCAGAUUGGAUUCGCUGCGAAAAUUUGGAGCUUGAAAUUUUGGAGAGCGAAUCCUUGUGAUAUACGCUGCAAAAUGUUGAAUAAUUUCCUAAAGAAUGUGGAUCUUACCGCUGCAGCUGUCUAAGCAAUCUUGGUGCGUGUGCAAGACAUGAACGUACGUUGGAAUCUUAAACACAGCUAUAAAAUAAAGCAGCAGACUUGUCGGUGUCAGCAAUGAAGGCAUGCGCGUCAGACAACGAUUUCGUUUGCGUCAUCAAGCAGCGGUGAGUGAUGUUGUCAAAGCAGAAUAAGGAAAACAAAAGUUGUGUUCCGGUCAAGCUUCGCACAUUUAUUAUAGAGACAAAAAGACGCGCACUGGGAAUUGCCGUUACCUAUUGUAUACACUUGUACCCAAGAUAUCUUUGUACAUCCUGCUUUUAACAGGCAAUUGUGGAUAGCCAAAAUGUGUGCCAUUUUGUGGUGUAUACGUUGUUGUUUAACAUUUGCAAUUCGUACAUCAAACACACCAUGUUGAUCCAGUGGCAUGCUUAGUACCGUUAGUUGCAUUCGAUGACUCUCCAGUAAUGAUAUGAUGCAAACUGCUCUUAUGGGUCACUUUUUGCGAAUAUCAUCGUGUUUUGUCUCAUCCAAGCACUAUUAUGAGUGACACUACAUGUACAUGCACAGGUAACGAUGGGAACCACGGUAGUUAGAAGGUGAGACGCAUUUUAAAUGGACAAUGCUUAGGCAAGGAGCUGUCUUGCAAAUCAGUUUUCUCGUUUUGAGCACUCAGUUUUGCUUAAAGUUCUUCGGCUGUAAAGCUCCGGCUCCAUGACGUCGAUAGGACUGGAAGAGUCCCCUUUACAGAAUGUUACCACGUAACUUUUAUACUAAGAAAGAUAAUCAGCACAUUAGAUCAAAAUUAAAAAAGAGAGCGAAAGAAAUGUUGCUCUAGCCUGGGCAUUGUUCAUUUCUUGUUGGCCUCUCCGAGUGUAAAAUUAGUAUUGAUUCAUACUGGUCACAUAAGCUAAAACUUUCCCGUGAGACAAGUCAGUUGUAACUAGUUCUACGCCAUAGCGUUUUCCGUUCUGUUUGAAGCGUACGUUUCUUAUUUUUGCUUUAUUUACAUAUGUGUGGCUUCUGCAAAUAAAGUCAGCUAACAGCCAGAGAGGGAGAGAAAUAAAAGAGAGGAGAGGCAGAGAGGUUAACCAGACACACGUCCGGUUGGUUAGCCUGCUCUGGGGGAAGAGAGUAGAGGGAUGAAAAGAGAGCAAGAAUAUAAAUGACAGCAGUGGACGUCUCAGUGCUUUACGGCCACCGAAAGUGAGCUUAGAAAAGCACUUUGCUUUGUUUUAAUUAAUAACUCUGAAGUACGACUUUGUAGUUUCUUAGAAUAAGCAGGAUCAGCAAGUGAUAAAUACUGGCUGUCUCAGCGAACACAUUCAAAAAUUUUGAGAGGUUACCUGUGGCAGAUAGCGCAAUUCUAGUUCAAGAGCUGGUCUACUCGAAACUGUGGACCCUACAUGCACAAAAAAAUUGAAAUGCAUAGUCGACUAAUAAACUGGAAUUCACUCAUUAAGUUUUUUAGCCAGUUAGCUUAUGGCCCAUAUUGUAAUUUACAAAUUCUAGCCGUGGAGUUCACAAGCCGGAUCCACUUGGAACGAAUUCUCAGGAUGACACCAGUUUCAAGACAAUAAUUUCCGAACUUUGCGGAGAAAUUCAUUGACAUACCAGUUACUUCCCUAACAAAACGUCGUUUUAUGUAAUAUCGUUUUAACAAAUAACGUUUUGAAUGCCUGAAACGUUGUUUUAUGCAGUCAAGCAUAAGUGUAACUGGAACACCACUCAAAACUGGUGGUAUCCUAAGAAUUCGUUCCAAGUGGAUUCGCCUUGCGAACUCCAGGACUAGAAUUCGUAAAUUGCAAUGUGGGCCAUAAAGCAAUUAUUUAAAAAAGUAAUUUGUGAAUCAUUGUUAAUUAGGCGAUUAUGCAUUUCAAUUUUUUUUUCAUGUAGUGUCCGCCGCUCCGAGUAGAGCACUUCAUGAGCUGGAAUUGUGCUAUGUUGCCACAGGCAAUGUUUACGAAUUCUUUAAAAGUGUUCAUUGAAACACCCUGUAUAUAUUUUAUGAAGUUUGUAUACAUGAUUUAAACCAUGGAAGGUAACGAUGGUCUAGUCAGUUGUUUUAUGUCUCACUUCGACAGUUUCAAACGGCACAAAUAUAUCGAUAAUCACGCUUUGUAUUUCCCGCUUAACAUUUGUGUUUUACAAGCUUUUCUCUGCCGUAUCCUUAAGCGCGGUGUCUGUGUGUUAAGCUGUAAAAUCGCCGGAAUAUGAAAUAGGAGUACGGGUGCGAGCUUUAUGGACACAAGAAAUCAGAGUGCGAGUUUUGAGAAAGAUAUUUUCAUUCGUUUGAAUCCAUAUCGUGAACAUGUGCACGUAGAUAAAUAGAACAAGUAAAGUGAUAAGUCUAUUUUCCCAACUUUACCGCUGUUGUUUACACCGUGAACAGUGCUGCUACUCGUCUAUGUAGCUCAGUCUUUUUCACACUACACGAACCAAUAUGAAAAUCGAGACGUUGAAGAUCUGUUGGAGAAAAAGGUGGAUGAAGACAGAUGUGGACCAGGCUUCAAUCAGAGGGGCCAGAUAUGAGACGUCAACCUUGUAACAAACUUCUAGAUUCUACGUUCUAUGACGCAGUUUUGUUCUUGUCAGAAUAGCGGAAUUGCAGAUGUGGCCAGCGAAAUGUUCUGCGUGAUAUGCUCUAAUUUCUGCACUUCGGUAUUUAUACCAGCUUAGAUGAAGAAUCAUUCCCGUCAGAGUUAACCUUAAAUUUUCCUUGAUGCUUGCAAUUUUUGCACACGUUUCCGGCGCUGUGUAAAAAAACAAGCCAAAUUAGAGAGUGAUUUGUGUAGCUCUCCGUAGCAAUGUCAUGCCUUGUGUAGUUGGUCAUCCGGUGUCUGUUCGGCUGCAUCAUAAAACACGCAUCUAAGUCCGCUGAAAAGCGUUGCCUCAUUUGAGCUGGCGCUGACCCGACCUUAGUAAAUGUUAGCUGCGAAACCAGAGAUGCCGUGAAUACCACUAGCUACGCAGAAGGGGCAAAGCCCAUCCUAGGACACUUAUAAGCUGGCAAAUACAUACUGCAGGACGCCAUGAAACAACACUGAAACCGAAUGUUGACCUUGUGUUAUGCGUCUUCACUGAAUGACGAAUGCCAUUCUCGGCUCUACGUGUGUUUUACGAACGAUUACGUCGCGCAAGCUUCAAUAACUGCGCUGAGCGACAAUCGUACGAAACUUUCCCCAAGGUAUUGUGUCUAUGGCGAAUUGCUGUUGCGCUUGUCCUUUUAACUCUGGGAUGCUUUUCAUUGGCUUAUUAAAGACGCUUGUUGGUCAACGUAACCCAUCUCAGCUCUGGGAUCAGCCUUGCCGAUGGUGAUAUCGUAUUUUUAAACUCGCCUCGCCAUUCAUAUGUGUUUUUGAAGGCGCUUCAGAGGCUGAUGAACAAAGCUUUUCUUCAGUGUUGACACUGCUUUUUGUAACCUUUGCGUUUCGCAACCCCGGUCGUGUGUGUUAUAGAGUUGAUGUGUUCGCGCCGCCCGCUCGCACAAAGCACGACU